CAUUUUUGAGAAUGCCGGCACACUACCUCUCGCAAAAGGUCCUCGUUGUCUUCCUGGACGGUGAGGGGGUCACUACUUCUCCAGUCUUCGAUGACGUAGCAGCGCGCGGUUGCAAUGGCUUUCUGGUGCUGUCGGAAUUGAAGGUGAGCGCCUUGUCGGCGCUGCUGGGCGUUCAGGGGGACGAGGGUGCUAUCGCAUACCCAAAGAUGCCCAUUUCCUUCUACAGCGCGUCUGAUUCCGCUCUUCAACUUGCUGAGAACGCUAGAGUGGCGUCCGUGCACCAUGUCCAGGACUCAGAUGACUCUAAGACUCAGAUCGUGUCGCUUCUAGCGGACCCGGAGAUCGCCAAGGCCCUAGUCUUCGUACACGUCGAAGUGGCCGAGAAUGGAUCCUUACCCAAGGACCACUGGGUCACCUCGGUAGUGUCGGAGCUGGCAGCGCAACAUCAAGAGGAUGGCAGCAGCAAAGUAUUCGUCUCUAUUGUGAAGACUGCCAGUCAGAGAGUGACGGAGCCGUCGGAUUCCCAUCCGCUUCGGCCCCAGCAGAGCUACAAGAAAUUUGACCACAAGUAUCCAGAGCAGGACUCGGAUGAAGCCCCUCAGCGCCUCAUGUUUGCUAGUUUGUACCAGGACCAGACUCGUCGUGACGCUGUGCAGACGUUCGAUGAAGCAGAAGUGGACAAGCUCGGUGGAUACGGAGCAAUGGACGCUCGCGUCUUCAUGAAAGAGAUGGCUUUCCGUCUUGGAUAUGCACCUAAAUACGGCGCUUAGUCUUUGUACGUUCCAUGCCGCAAAGAAAAUAACGUUACUAGUGCAUGUAGCUAGAGAGGCAAGGUCUGUGGUCAAAGAUUUAAGCGUUUCUUUCCUUCCCA